AUUACAUUUUCUGGUCUUUUCGUGCUUAGCACAGCAAGAAAAAUCUGACAAAAUUGUAUUAAAUUAUUUACCUGAGUCAGCUAAAUUAUCACAAACGUGAUUUUUCUACCUGCAUAUCUUUGUCUACGAAUACAGUUUAAAUAUCAUAUUUUCUAAUAUUUCCGCCGAUAAUUUGCUUAAAAAUGAGCAAGUUUCCCUUGAACGAUAAGUAGGAUUCUUGAUUGGCACCUGAAUAUUGGUAUUGAAUGUUGGAGACUCGUUAAAUAUUGAUUGGCAGCUUGCUUACUAGUGGGGUUAGGUGAAAGAGUUGCUGAGAUUUGCUAAAUAAUGCAUAUUAUUCAAGCGUUACGUCGUGUUUUUGUGGAUUUUUCGACGUUUCCCCUCCAAUAAAUAAAACGUGGUCUCGGCGGCUAAAAUCUCACAGGCGCCGCCAACUUGUUGCAUAAAAACAAGUCUUUCAAUGUCUACUCCUCUACAUAGAUUCCAUCUAAUCUCCACAGAAUUAUACUCCAUAUCUUCUUCAUCUCCAAAUUAGAUUGGAUUUCACUUUACUCUACAGUAUGAUGGGCAUGGCGAAGAUGAGCAUAACUUGUGUGGUGCUUCUACUUGUGAGCCACGUAGCUCACAGCCGUGUGAUUAGGGAGGAGCAGUGGUGGGGUGCGAGCGCGACGGAGACGUGCCAGCCGACUUACGGGUUCUUGCCGUGCUCCAGCAAUGUGUGGGGGCUGCUCUUUCUGGUUGUCGUCUUUGAAAUCCUGCUCACCUUCGGCGGCCAAUACGUCGGCAUCGGAUCCGACCUCUUCUUCCAAACCAUCGGCCCCGGCAUAUUUGGAGCCAGUUUGUUUCAGUUUCUUGGCACAAUCCCGCAGAUUGUCGUGAUUCUUGUAACGGUGCUUUCGGGGUCCAAAGAGGCUGCUCAAGAAAGGGCCACACUUGGAAUGGGACUUGUUGCAGGAUCAACGGUUUUGAUUCUGACACUGAUAUGGGGUGUCGCCGUUAUCCUUGCUAGCUAUGAUCUCUCAGAGGCUCCAACUAUCGACAAAUCUGGAAGCCAGAAAACCACACCAAAAGGUUAUGGUAUUGUAACGGAUGUUGAGACGAGCUACACUGCACGGAUAAUGUUGAUACCCUUGAUUCCAUUUCUCAUCCUUUUGCUAGCACAAGCUUUCAGCUCAUCAUCAGUGAAAAGAGUGAUUCUUCUCAUUGCACUAAUCGUCUCAGUCAUGUUGCUUUUCGGUUUCAUCUUAUAUCAGGCAUUCCAGCCUUGGAUUCAGUCCCGUAGAUUCGAGUAUUUGAUGAGUAAAUAUGCAAAGGACAAGCUGCUGAGACUCUUAUCCAGAAAUGGCAGGCCUGAUACUAAAAAAAUACAAGACCUGUUUAAGCAAAUCGACAAGGACAAAAGCACGUCUAUAUCUGCAGCAGAACUUAGAGUUCUGCUCUUAGGUGUGAGGAUGGAUGAAGGUGAUUUGAGCACAGACAGGGAUGUCGAAAACAUCUUGGUGUCUUUUGAUACCACCGGAGAUGGACGUAUCAAUCAGGAAGAAUUUGUCGAAGGCAUGACCAAAUUACUCGCUGAUCUGGCCAAAGAGAGAAUAAACCGCAUCAAAGGAACCAAUUCUCAGGACAAUGACCCAUUACAACAGGGCUUGUUGGGUGGGAGUAACAGUUCGAGCGGAAGCAGAAGCCAAAGUGCUAUAACUACUUGGCUGAAUUAUCUGAAAGCUCUUUCCUUGGUGAUUCUCGGGAUUGCAUUGAUGUGCGCUUUUGCAGAGCCACUGAUCACCAGUGUUGUGGGUUUCGCCACAGCUGCAAAUCUGCCUAACUUCUCUGUCUCAUACUUGGUCAUACCCUUAGCUAUGAAUUAUCGAGUUGCAGUCCAAACAUUCGCUUCAUCCAGACUGAAGACGCAGAAUUCCAUUUCCUUGACACUCUCUGCACUUUACAAUAGUGUGUACAUGAACAACGUGGUGAGUUUGAUUGUAUUCCUUGCACCAGUCUAUGCUCUGAAUCUGUCCGUAGAUGUGUUUGCAGAAGUUCUGGUAGUUAUUACGAUGAACACUGUGAUGACGGCUCUGACAGGCUUCCGCACCUCAUUCCCUCGCUGGUUGGGUUAUGUCGUUCUGCUCUUGUACCCGGUUUCUCUGGCAUCAACCUAUGUACUUACUUAUGUUCUAGGAUGGCCUUAGGAAGGCUAUGGUUAGAAUAAUUUGUGUAAUAUAUUCGUAUUUACUUUUAGUUUUGAUGUGAGUAAAUUUUACUUUACAUGCAGAUAUAUUUUUUCUCAUUGUAACAAAAUGUUAUCAGUGUCAUUAAUUGGAAAGCAUCCUAUAUUUAUAUA